CGGAGACGUGCUGCGCAUUUAGUGAGUUGCUGGCGGCGUGCCUGGAAGCAUGGGGCUCCAAGCGAACGUGAGCAACCUCACCCCGUUUUCGGAGCGGAGGGCUUCCAAGCGCAAACUGGAGGAUCCGCCGCCCCUGGGCGAAGAAGCUUGGCGGCUGUCGCGGGCGACGGUUGAGGAGUUGCUGGCGCUCGCAGAGGCCCAGCACCUUCCGAGUUUGCGGCAUCGCUGUGAGGACUUCCUCCUAUGCCAAGCGCCGGAUGACCAGCGCGGCUUGAAGGUUGCGCAGCGCUUUUCCCUGGGACGGUUGGAGGAGAGAUAUCGAAAACGAUAUGCAGGAGGCAUACUGCGAGUGGAGUACUGAGCGCAGUCCCUCGCUU